AUGAUGUGGAACUCUCCCAAAGUUGGCAUAUUGGGUGGCGGGCAACUGGGCCGCAUGCUAACAGAGUCGGCCAAUCGACUGAAUAUCGACGUGCGCAUUUUGGACGCUGAAAACGCACCAGCCAAGCAGAUAAGCGCCCAUGAAAACCACACAGUCGGCCACUUCAACGACCAACAGGCCGUUCAGGAGCUUGCCAAAACUUGUGAUGUCGUGACCGCAGAAAUCGAACAUGUCAACACCCAGGCGCUCGAGGCGGUGGCCUCGCAGGUCAAGAUAGAGCCUUCUUGGGAGGCGAUCCGCAUCAUCCAGAACAAAUACGACCAGAAAAAACACUUGUCCAAGUUCAACAUUCCCAUGGCAGAUUACCGUGAACUCACACAGAAUACACCAGAGGAGCUAGUCCAAAUUGGAGAACAACUGGGUUUUCCAUUGAUGCUGAAAUCCAAGACUCUGGCUUAUGAUGGAAGAGGAAAUUACCCGGUCAAGUCAAAGGAGGAGAUUCCUGCAGCCCUUGAAGCGCUGAAGGAGCGUCCAUUAUAUGCCGAGAAGUGGGCUAACUUCACGAUGGAACUAGCUGUCAUCGUUGUCAAGACAAACGACAGUGUUCUUUCAUAUCCUACUGUUGAGACCGUCCAAGAAGACUCGGUAUGCAAACUAGUUUACGCCCCGGCUCGCAAUGUAUCAGAUAUCAUCAACAAAAAGGCCCAAGAACUUGCACGAAACGCCGUAGCCGCUUUUAAAGGCAAAGGUGUCUUUGGUGUCGAGAUGUUCCUGCUCGAGGACGACUCAAUCUUGCUGUGUGAGAUUGCGAGCCGCGUUCACAACUCUGGACACUACACGAUCGAGGGCUGCGGUCUUUCUCAAUUCGAUACCCACCUCCGCGCGAUCCUUGAUCUGCCGAUCCCCGCACAGAGCGUCGAGCUUCGACAGCCAUCCGUCAUGCUCAAUAUCAUCGGCGGAGCCACCCCUGACUCCCAUUUGAAGGUGGCAGAGCGCGCGCUUUCAAUACCCAAUGCUAGCAUCCACCUGUACAGCAAAGGCGCCGCCCGACCUGGACGGAAAAUGGGCCAUAUCACGGUAACCGCAGCGACAAUGUACGAAGCCGAGACCUUUAUUCAGCCCCUGAUUGAUACUGUCGACGAGAUUCGGGCACAGCGCAGCGAUAUAAAGACGGCAGCUGCCAAAUCCGGCGCAUCGAAGCCUACCCCGACCGUUGGGGUUAUUAUGGGCUCAGAUAGUGAUCUCAAGACGCUAGUACCUGGCCUCAAGCUUUUGAGAGAUUACUUUGGCAUUGACCCAGAGGUUGAGAUCACAUCCGCCCACCGAACGCCCAACUACAUGGCCGAAUAUGCAGAGAAGGCUGCAUCAAGAGGGAUCAAGGUUAUUAUCGCGGCAGCGGGGGGUGCUGCCCACUUGCCUGGUAUGGCCGCCGCCCACACUGCUCUCCCAGUGAUUGGAGUUCCUGUCAAGGGCAGCGCGUUGGAUGGGGUCGACAGCCUGUAUAGCAUCGUCCAGAUGCCACGAGGAGUCCCCGUUGCUACAGUUGGAAUCAACAAUAGCAUCAACGCUGCCUUGUUGGCUGCGCGCAUCUUGGGAUCGUACGAGCCGGCCGUUCAACGAAAAGUCGAGCAGUAUGCGGAAAAUGCCAAGGUUGAAAACUUGGAGCUUAAGGGAGUGAAGAUGAGGGAGCUUGGGUGGGAGAAAUAUUUUGAGCAGAUGUGA